AUGGAAGAGGACGAAAUUAUUUCUCAUAUUUUGUUAGAUUUUAAUGGAAAAUUACAGCCAGAAGUUUUUAAUAAUAAGAUAUUUAUUAAGAUAAUUAAUUUGGAUAAAAAAAAUCCCUUGGUGCAAAUAAAUGAUCUCACAUUUAAAGGAACUUUUAAACCCUGUAUGGGGACAAGUCUAUUUUUCGAUGAAGUUGAAGACCCCAAAACCUCUAAUGAUAUUUCCAUCAAACCAUCUCCAAUCCACUUAAACCACAUUGUUUCUCAAGACAGAAUAUUAUCCCUUAAACAGGUAAAAUUAAAAAAGAAAAUUGAAGAUAUUAAUGAAGAUCAAGCAAUUAAAUUAAAUUUAAAAUGGAACUACAAAACCCUUCUGGAAAAAUUUGAAAAUGGGACUUUGGAUUUUAGUUUAAUUGAUGCAAGAAAUAACUUUACAGAAGAUAAAACUAUAAAUUCACAUGUAUUGGAAAUAACACAACCAGAAAGUUCAGGAGAACAGGAUAGCAAUUUAGAUCACCCAAAUGAAGAAUGUUUAAGUAAUGUAUCUAGUAAUCUAAUAUUAAACAAUAAAUAUCAAAAGUUAAAAAAGUUAGCUAGACGACCUGUAAAAAGAUUCAUAUUGCCUGAAUUAGUCACUAAAUGUGAACAAAAAUAUAAGGAAUCCUAUGAAUUGCACAAUAUAAAGUGUCAGAUUCAACAGCCAGCAAAUGCUUUCUUUGAAAAUCCUCUCCCAAUAAAUGAAGAUACUCUAUAUAAUGCAGUGGAUAUUGAAAGGUGUAUUUUAUAUGGAAUUAUUUUACCUUCAGAAAACAAUCCUCGAAUAUUAACUAAUAGAGAAAAAAAUGCCCUGCUCACUUUGGACAACUUUGAUAAUCUUUCACUGCCUGCAAGAUAUUAUGUACUUCAAUUGCAACUUCAAAAUUUGGAAGAAUAUGCUAAAAAUGCUCCCAAAGAAAAGUUAAAUAAAUGUGAUAAAUUUGGUAGGACUCCAUUAGAGACUUUAAAAGUUUAUAAAGAAUUAGUUAGUUGUCUUAAGAUGCUUGUUGAAUAA